AUGGAAAAGCCCGCAGAUCAGAAGACCGACAUACGCGCUGCAUAUACUGUUUGCUUUGAGUUUGUGGAGUGCGGCGCGCAGCUGCGCGUGGCCGCGCUCCUGCUGCAGCCCGGCGCGCCCUCGCCGCUGCCCCCCAGCCUCCAGCCGGAGCGCGUGGUACGGAUCAGUGAGGCGGUCGCGCUGAAGAUCAGCGGCCUCGAAACCAUCAGCCCUGGUGACGUCAUCGUCGAGCUCAACGUGGCAGGGCAGGGGCUGCUCAAAGUGGCAGAGCUCAGGGCCCUCUUUGGCCUGCCCGCGGCGGCCACCGAGGACGGGCCGCGUGCAGAGGAGCCUGCGACGGUGGCGCAGGGGCAGCAGCGGGCGGGCGGGGAGCAGGGCGGCGAGCUGGCGGCGGAGCGGCCGCGGCGGCUGCGGCGGCUGCUGGCGCUGGAGGCGGUGCAGGACCCGGGGAACCUGGGGACCCUGCUGAGAUGCGCCAUGGCGUUUGGCUGGGAUGGGGUGGUGCUGCUGCCGGGCUGCUGCGACCCGUUCAAUGAAAAGGCCCUCAGGGCGAGCAGAGGCGCGGCGCUGCGGCUGCCGCUGGCGGAGUGCAGCUGGGGCGAGCUGGAGGCGCUCUCUGACGACGGCGGCCUGCUUCUGUUGGCUGCUGAGCCGCAGGAGGCGGAGGCGCAGGCCGGGGAGGAGCGGCGGCGGCGUGGGGGGCAGGGAGACCGGCAGCUGGAGCAGGCUGUGUGCCUGGUGCUCGGCAGCGAGGGGCAGGGGCUCUCGCAGACGGCGCUGCGGGUGUGCCGCCCGGUGGCUAUACCCAUGGUGGGGCAGAUGGAGAGCCUGAACGUCGGCAUCGCUGGAGGCAUUCUGAUGUUCAUGCUCAGCGAGGGCCUGCCACCUCUGUUGAAGCAAUUUGAGGGCCUCCUGGGCGGCGACUCAACCUCAGGCGCCCUCAAAUAG